AUGUCUUGUGCAUCCCUCACUGCUGUCUUUGGGUGGCCAUCGAGGGUUCAAAGAGCGGCAUCAACUGCUGUAGCCCAAAAACAGGCCCCCUCGACCUCUUCCUCUGCAGGCGACCGUAGCCAUCUUCUUACUGUGUUGCACAAGACGAGAUCUUUUCUGCCCAGAGUUCUUCCUCCAAGACAGAAUGAAUCAUCAGGUGUGGACACUCUGGAGUUUUGGGAGGACCUGCUAGCAACCACCUACGAUGACCUGUGCCCAACACCAGAAGCUAGAGAAACAGACAGGAUUCGCGUCGCGAUUUAUGGAUGUGACAGUUCGGCGGAAACCAGAGCACUGGUCGCUGCUUUGCUACAGGAACCUUUCGCAUCGGAAUCACAGAGAGAAAGCGUUGAUACCCGAUGGAAGCACACUUCAGAUGGACAGGGGUUCAUCACCAUCCAACAACUUGUCAUCCGGAGAUACGGCACGCCAAAAUAUGACGGUUCUAGUAGCCCUCGCAUCCAAUCUGCUUGGUUACAACAAUUCGGGGCUCCUUUACAACUGGUAGAACUUGAGCCGGCUUCUCGUCCCCCGACUGAAGAGCUGAUUUUGCGCCUGCUCCUUACUGCCGACAUUCCUAUAAUCGUUUGCAACCCUGCAUUGGCACCGCUUUCGUCCUUAUUAUCCGCAUCUGGCCACUCGCUCCUCCCUCUAAACCAUCCAAAUGCUGUUCUUGCGCUCAACGCCACUACCGAAUCGACGCAGCUUGUAGAGCGCGUUCAAUCGCUGUGCGGUAUCGAUAUUCCAGUUCUAUGCAUUGACCCUUUGCGUGCUCUCAACGCGUUGAACAUUCUAAAUUCUAGUCCUUCUUCACCUCUGAUAGUGCAGAGGUUUCAAGACAAUUUCGACGCAUCCGGCGUCUCGAAGCUUACGGAGAAUGUGGCUAGCGCGAUAUCUAAUGCGUUACAGGUGUAUCCUUCGGCCACAGCUGUCGAAGCUCUGCACAUGGAAACUGCUCAUUCAAUCAUAUUGCACUCGCUGGCGAAGUGUCGUAAAGUCUUAGAUGAUGCUCGCGCUGAGACGGACGCUGUGUGUACCGAAAUUAGCUCGUUGCGUGGCCGCAUGGAGGAGGUAAAGGCAACGGCAGGGAAGGAUGUCUUGGGUGUUGAAGGUAACGAGGUUGCGAAGGACAUCGAACAGUCGAGGAGGAACAUCCGGACGGUAAUGGAUGCGCUCGUGUGGUGGAAGCUCCUAUGGAGAGUUGAUGACGUAGCGGGGACAGUAACCGCUGCAGUCGAUCAGGUAUGGUGUAAGGACUUGGAUUACCAGCUUGCGUUUCACGCCGGUCGAUUGUAUUCCUUGCAGCAGUCAUUUCAUGCUUCUAGUGAACGAUUGCUCAAAUCGUUUUCACCUCGAUCUCCUUUCAAUUCACCGGUAUUGCGAAAUACGAUUUCGCAAGUGUCUUCUGCUCCCGCAUUCUCUAUGGACGUGUCUUCCUUCGCCGCGCCAAUACGGGCACGUCGUCGACAGUUCCACUUCCCCACCACCCGACUCCAGACCGCUGCGCGGCACACUCUGCUGGCUGUAAGUGGCAGCUCAUUUGGUGGGAUGGCUAUUGCAUGGGCCGGAUGGGCGGGACAAUUGGGAAUUUUGGAUAUGGCAAUAUCAAUGGAUACUGCCACUGGAUUAGGCAUGUUAAGCACAGCUGUUGGAGUCAAAUGGGCCAUUGACCACUUCGAACGGGCAAAACGGAAGUGGUGGAAAGAUUAUGAUCGUGUUGGCCAGGGGCUGCGUAGAGAUCUGAAGGACCUACUAACUCGUACAAUAGACGACCGAGUGCUACUCAUUCCUGAGAAGACGUGCGCCGGCUUGGAGCACACAAUCAUGAAACAAAAAGCCCAAAUAAAUGACCUCAGGACGGAGGUUGCUAUCUUAGAAGAGGAGCUUAAUAAGUUCCCCCCGAGAUGA